AUGAGUUUCAAUUCAGUCUCCGGUGGUUGUGGGUCGGGAUCUUCGCGUGGUGGACGCCAGUUUCAAGACCUUCAAAAUCCAAGGUUUUGUGAGUGCCACACUGAUGGAAAAAGGACGAGAGCUGUGAUAAUGACCUCAUGGACCGACGAAAAUCCCGGUAGGAGAUUUUAUGGGUGCCGGAAUUGGAAGACGAAGAAUUGUGGUUUGUUUGAUUGGAUUGACGAACCAAUGACUGAAAGAGCUAAAGACAUUAUCAACGAGUUGAAGAUCAUGAAGAAUAAAGAGAGCUCAAACUCGGAACCGAUGGAUGUGGAGAUGGAAUUUGCCAAGAUCUGGAAUGUCAUUCAAAUGCUCAAAGAAGAUUCUAUCAAGAAUAUGAAGAAAACUAGAUUAGUUACUACAAUGUUGAUUGUUUCUUGGAUGUGUAUGGCUUGUUAUGCACUAGUUUAGUUUAGUUUACUAUCAUAUGUAAAUCUGCAAAUUCGAAAUGAAGUAAGAGAUGAUUUUUGUGGAA